UUAUAGUAAAAGCAUCCGAGCCCGUCCAAAAUCGAUAUCCCUCUCAGUGUUCAACAGUACAUUUUGCUUUGUUUGUAGAUCCAAAUAGGAAAGAGACACUGAAGAAUUAUAGAUGUUGAAGGACUCCAAUCUCCUCAUCAUACACAUACUACUAGACUAUGUAUUGAAAACUCUUUGACUAAGGCUAUUACUUUCCCUUUUUCCCAUUUCUUGGCCUAGCACUUGGGAACUAAGCUACUUUAUUCUCACCUCCUUUUUCAGAUUUAAUAACUCUUUGCAGAACAGGUAGUAAAACUCACCAUGUACAAGCAAUCACCUGGUAGGAACCAUAGAUCCAAAGGCAUCAAGGUCAAGAAUGUUUUACAAAUCUGUCUGCUGCUUGCUAUUUGCUUUUGGUUGAUUUACCAGGUCAAGCACUCCCAUGAUAAAAAGAAAGAAUUUGAUGAAGAUGAUACUAAGACUCCAAUUGAGACUGGAAGUAGUAAUGAACAUCUGAAACUAGGAAGGAAAGAUCUCCUACCCCGGAUUGAGGGAUCGGAUACUGUUAGUGAGAAGCAUAGAGAGGAACCAGAAGAUGAAACACUGGAAGAAGAAGAAGGGAAUAAGCCCGAGGAAGAAGAUCUAGAAGAGAACAAUACUAAAGAGAAGAAUGAUGAACAAAAAGAAGAUGGAGAAGACGAGGUCGAUGAUCAUGAUCAAGAGAAGUCUGAUGUAGAGCCUGAUCAAGAAGAGGAUGUUGUUGACGAAGACAAGGAAAGAGGAGUAGAUAACGAGAAGGAAACUGGUGAGAGAAGAGAAGAUAACGAGAAGGAAACUGAUGAGAGAGGAGAAGAUAACGAGAAGGAAACUGAAGAGAGAGAUUCUGAAGUGAAUGAUAGUCAGGUGGAGGAAGAGAAUUCAUUGGAGGACCACGACCAUGAUGAGGAUUCGAGCAGUUCACAUGAAGCACGUGAAGAACACUAUAAAGCAGAUGAUGCUUCAAGUGCAGUUGUAACUACCGCUGAAAAUGACAGUAGUAAGUUAGAGCAAGAAGCGGAACAUACUGCUGAAGCCAAGAGUGAAGUUGGUGUUAAUAACAUCAUGCAGAUCAAUGCCGGCCAAAAUACAACAGCGGCUUUGGAGGUGGAAGAUGGUAAAACAGUUGUAGACGGCCCUCCUCGAAACACAACAAACAGUGAAGAGAAGGGUGAUGAUUCGAUCUCAUCUACUGCUAGAGAUAUUUCAGUUUCAAAUUCCACAAAAACAGAAGGAUUGGCUGAUAAUUCUGAAUCGAGAACUCAGGCAGUUAACCAAGAAUAUAAUGUUACAGUAGGUGAUACAACAUCUGGAGUUUCCAACCUGUCAAUUAGUUCUUCACAGCAAAACAACGCUACAGAUAUGGGGGAUGAUAAUCAAAUUGAUUCUAACUUAAGAGUUUCUUCUAAAAACGACGAGUUGGACUCAACCCCGGUAGAUUCCUCGAAUGUGUCUGGUGAUACAGAGGCAGAAAAAGUCGUCCAGGGGAAUGCAACUAUUGAAGCGGUAGAUAAUGUGGGGUUGCCUUUGAAAGAUAACAAUGCAACUGAGGUUGAGAAGGCAGAUACUACUAGUGAAGAAAUUAGAACUACUGAUGAAGGCGUGGAUGCGUCAAUUGCUGAGAAUUUGGGAGAAGCUCAAGAUGAUCCAAUUGAUACUUCUGAUUCUUCCACCCACUUGGAAGAGAAACAUAUCCGCACAGAUGUGGAAACUCUUCCUGAAAUACAAACUGAAGGAAACAUGGAAGAUGCUGCAGCAGAAUGAUACUGUACAAUUAGAGCAGUAGUGUGUUUAGUUUUCGUGAUGAGAAUUCACACUUCCGUUUACUUUUCAGUUUCGCGAAUGUGCAAAAAUUCAUAAGCUGUAGACCAUGUUAACAUUGCAGGCAAAAUAUAGACAAGAGUGAAGGGUACCAACUUGUAUAAUCGUUUCUCGCCUCUUUAGUACCAGAGUGUCUUCCGUUUCACUUUAA